AUGCUACAUUACACGACCGCAACGUCCAGUUAUUCUCAUCUUCAGAGACCAGCAAGAUCUAAUUCAGUCUCCUCAUCUGUGGCCACUGUCCAGCAAGCUACAUCGCAUUCGUCUGGUACUGGUUUUCGGAGUUCCCCCAAAGUUGUUGCAACUGGCUCUGUGGACUCUGCUGGCGGAGUCGACGUAUCAUCUCCCACAGCUUUAGACGUCGCAGUGAGCUCCACUUCGAGUACGAUACACGACCGUUCAAGCAGCGUGAACAGCAUCAGCGAAGGUCUCCGUUCUAUAAACCGCUGGUCGCAGUCGACAGUUUCUAGCUUGUCCUCACCGCAGUCUGGAGAUCACCAUUGUGACGAUCUGGCGAGCCAGACGAGUUUGGGAGGUCCUUCCUUACCCAAUGGAUCUUUGAGUCCUGUUGGGAACAUCGUCAAUCACCCACAAACUUCACGGAUCGAGGGCAAUCCGAACACGUCUUUUAAUUUCUCCUGGAAAUCUUCUGAACGGCUUGCUGUCCGUUCAUCAACAGACCUUCUCGAAACACUUACUGCGGAGUCGGAAUCGACAACGAGUCCCUCACCAUUGCGUGCAACUUCUGACGCUCAUCCAGCGACUGCUUCAUCUGUCUUUGAAACGUCUUCCGUGACCACACCGUAUAUAUCUGCGCCUUCGAACUCCGUAAAUCGGCGAGAGGACGCUCACGGUUUGCCAAGCGUGUUCGGUAAACUGGAUACUGAAUCAGACGUCUCUCAACCUGGUAUCAGCUCAAAGACAAUUACAGGGCAACCUUUUCGAACCGACAAAAUGGAAGACUCAUCACAGUUCAUUUUUUCAGAACAAGCGUCAAAUGCCACCGACGACAUUGUUGAAGCCCGCUCGGCGUCUUCACGCGGACGUCGGCAACGUGGCCAGUCCCAGAAAGCAAUGCUGUCGAAGGCGUUACAAAAGGCUAACACUGCUGUAUUGCUGGACAACGCCGCGAACUUCGAGGGAGCGAUCGAAGCCUAUAGUGACGCUUGUGAUUUAUUACAGAUGGUAAUGUUGCGGAGUAGUGGAGGCGAUGAUGAGAAGAUCAAGCUCAAAGAAAUUCGCAACACUUAUAUGGCUCGGAUCAAGGAACUCCAGCGCCUCGGUAUUCCGUCUCAGCAACAUCAUGAGAAGGCCCUUCCUGAAAGACCCGUCAGUGAUGACUCCCUUUCACAUGGUACUUUCCAGCCAAUGGAAGGAGAAGACGGGGAUAUGGCAGCAAUUGAGACUGCGACUGCGAGGCGAGUUGUCGACAAUUCUUUUCAGGCGACAGAAGCAACCUCUUCACAACUCCCAGCUCGACGCCAAUCAUUGCUGCCUUCUGCCUUUGAGGAGGGUCCGCGAGCGACGACCUCAGAAACGGGCUCCAAUCAACUUCAUGAUCGCUCCCUAUCAGAUUUGACUGGUCGGGAACGCGGAUCAGAUCUUUCUUUAAACAGAGCGCCUGCUGACGGGGACGAUUAUAUGCUUCCACUCUCCCCACGACGGUCCCUUACUCCCGAUUUUUCGAACCCGCAGUCAGACUCGAGCCAUCUAUCUCCCCAUACAGCGCAUCAGCCACUCUACUCUAUACCUCAGCAACGCACACAGGAGCCUGGUAAUGAAUCAACAUCGUGGCUUGAUACCAUUGAUGAGUCCGGUGCAUCGUCACCUGGUUCCGUGCAGUCCAACUUGUCUACAUAUUCACACCAGGGGCAUGGUCGCCGUGUCAGCACUGGCACUGAGGCUGAGUUUGAUGCCGCUUUAGAUGCAGCCGUCGAAGCUGCUUAUGAUGAAGGCUUGGAACCGGCAAUGGAUGCAUCUGAUGGAUUUUUCGAAGAUGACGUUGUGUCGAAUGCUCGAAGAAACAUUGAGAUUGCAAAACAAAGAGUGAGGGAGGCAGAAAGGGAAGCACAGGUAGUAAUGGCGCGAGGACGAGAGCAGCGACACAUCCAAGAAAGGACGACUGUGGGACAGACUGAUGGAAUGGACUCGGAUUAUGUCGACGAAGAGGCCGAGGAGGAAGAACGGUUAUUAGAGGAGAUGACGAAAGGUUAUGUUAUGGACGAUUUUGAAUUUGAUCUUCAUUCCAAGUCGGCACUGCCUCGGCAAUCAGAUUCGAGUGGCUUCUCAGGAAGGACUUGGGGAAGUUCGGUUGCAUCCAAUACAACUACUGCCGGAACUUCGUUGUCGACGCUGGCGGAAGGGGUCGCCUUGGAUGCAAAAAUGCAACACAAACGGCUACCCCCUCCUCCUCGAAUACCUUCGUCAGGCCCUCCCGCUCAGCCUGCACAGUCCAGGCCAUUAACUCCCUCAUCGAGCUUCAACACAACAACUGGUGCCGGGGUGAGGGCUCGAAGAUUGUCGGGACAGAACUUGAAACAGUUGAAAAUUGAGACAAACCGUAUACCAAGUGGCUCACAGGCGCCUGCAACGGAGCCUUCGUCGAUUCCUGUCGCAAGCCCACCUCCACCACUUCCGCAAGAUGAGCCCAAAACUAGUCUACCUAUUCAUUCAUCGAGUGCGCACGAUUUUACCUCAAGACCUUCCCAGCAAAGGACGUCUGAAAGGAAGGCAUCCAUCGAUUCUUUUGCCGGUGAUUCGUAUGGCUCGGGUCUUGGACGAGUUAGGACACAUGACAGCGAGGAUCUGGGACGCUCCAAUGCGCCAUCACCGUCACGGCCGAUAGGAAAAGUGACUUCUGCUCCCGGAAAUCUAAGGAAAAAUACUUCCUCAUCGAGUUUGAGAGCCUUGCGGGGAAGAAACAUGUCGAUGUCCACGCCAGAUAUCUCAACCGACUCACCGAACACACCAUCCAGCAGCACAUUUCCUAAUCUGGAUUUCCAGAAAGGCAUCACAGGCGGUUCCAUCCCCACGCUACCAACACCGACUGGUGCAACGUUUACAGCAAAUGGCUUGCCAACAGGUGGACUCUAUCUAUUUGAUAGUAAUAUUCAUUCACCCGAUACUCCUGGCUCACCUAAUUCGACGGCUGCAAACGCGCCUAUACCGCUGGAGCCUUGUCCAGAAUCUUUUCUUCUCCGUCCUUUCUGGCUUAUGAGAUGCCUCUAUCAGACAAUCGCACACCCCCGAGGCGGAUAUCUUUCAACGAAGUUAUUCGUGCCAAGAGACGUAUGGCGUGUUAAAAAUGUCAAAAUAAAAGCCGUGGAAGACAAGGUCUCAUUAUGUGAUUUAUUGACGGCUGCGUUACUUAAACUUGCCCAGGUUGACACCUAUGAUGCUGAUGCAGUACUUGAGGAAAUGCAGGCUUUCGAGAACAUUCUUGAUCAAGUGCAGAGCUCUUUGGCAAAGAAGCUGGGUAGUGAGGUGGGGGUUCAAGGCUCUCUGUCACUUUUCAAGUCUGCAUCCACCUCAGAAGAUGCUACGUCGACAACCGAGAGUUCAUCGCUGAAGACGUCGAAUGGGACUGGCAAAUCGUACCUGAGUUCCUGGCGGAAACUGAGGUCCAAAAGUUCUGCAGCGGCUCACUCGAACGCGCCACCGUCAGGUGCCAGAGAAAAUGGAAAGGAUAACUUGACAAUGAAUUCGUUGCCGAUGACAGCAACACCGAGCAGCCGUGUCGCUAAACGCAAUGUGACACAACUUCAGUUCACUGGGCCUAAUGCAAAUUAUAUGGGUGCCUUAGCAAGAUUAUUUGAUGCGGUCCAGGUUCUUGACCAAAUUGCUCGACAAGUGGAAGAUCCGGGUCUUAAGCAUUCCUCUCCCACUCACGUUGGUUUGGAGCUUAGUACUCGGCAUGCGGCGGAGUUUUUUGGUUUCUAUGUUUGUCGCUUCGCCUUAAAUGAUCUUGGCAUGCUGCUAGAUAAAUUUAUCAAACGGGUUGAAGCGCACCGACAUCGGGUGAACCUACUAAUACCAUCGACCUACCUGGGUAGGCAGAUGCCUCGACCUCCUGCACGUCGCAAUCGUCUAGCGCCUCAGAGCCAGGCUUCUUCUGCUCGCCCUGCGAAAUCCACCAGGAAAGAUGCGCUACCUAGCAGCAACGGCUCCGAAAAUAAUGGCGAUAGCCAUGGACUUGCGAAGGCUAUCUCAGGAGAAUCUAACCAGCCAGUCCCUGCAAGUCGCGACGCAAUGACCAGCGGGCAUCUUGAUACUCAGAAUGGGCAUGAAUCAACCCCUAAAACAAAUCGGACGCCUACAGCAAACCCCUAUGAAUUUGCCAUUGAAUCUUCGCCUCCGGAACGUACUGGAACAGGAAGCAGGCCGCCGACAAGGGCUCGUGGCUAUUCGUCCACCCUGUCACUUGCAGGACGGAAAGGAGAUACCAGCUCUCGCGUUGUUGGUACACCCGCAUUCGAGAGUUCAAUAUUGAGCAAUUUCAGACGAAGGCCUAGACAGCCUAGUAUUCUCCAAAUGAUGCAGGCCGACGGGUCCUCUGACCUUGAUGACGACGAUUUCCUUGGUGGUUUGAGCCCUGAAGACGAAUCGACGCCGCUCAACAUCUCCAGACCCAAAUCACUAGCGCCCAAUUCCUUGAUAGCGUCGCCUUCCGCUCCUUUGUCAUCGCCGCCGUCGUCAAAGGACUCACGGAAACGGAAGCGGAAGUCCAUGGAAAUGCACGAUGAUGAACCGUCACCAGCUGAUGUGUUGCAAAGACGUUCUUCUUACUCAAGCGCUCAGGCCGAUGCUCCCGUGCCACGGUCACCCUUAGCUACAGCCUCGCUACAAUCACCGAGUCUGACUAUGGCAGCGCCUUUGAGUAGCAGUCCUGGAAGCCCUACACAGCGAGUUUCGAGCCCAGAGCUUCUUCGGAAACGUGUUGACGGGGCCAACACUGCCUCGGAGGAAGACAGGAAGUUAAACGCGCUUCCAAAAUUGUCGACGGCAACUCUUCAGGAGAGGUUUCUUCCUCGUCGCCGCCUUCGUUCGCAGCGGUGGAGGGAGGAUCAUGAUGAGGAGCACGACAGCAGCGAAGAUGGCAGCUCCGGCGAAGAUGAGCUGACUUCAAGGAGAGCAAGGAAGACACGUGGGCGAGGUUUAUAUGAGGCGAGAUCUGUUAAUGCAAGAGUGAAAUCGAAACGUGUUAACAACAACGCUCGUAAAGAAGGUGGCGGCGACACUGAGAACGGCACAAAUGCGUUGAAGUCUACUGUUACAGUGGUCUCUGAAAAGCCAUAUUUUUCGCAGCCAAGGAAUCGAGUCACAUACUCCCGUCGCGAUGCUGACAUGGCAGACGAAGAGAAUUAUCUCUCCGACGAUUCUUCGUCGUUAUCGUCGCCACCACCUUCUGAAGAACUUGAUUCAGACUCAUACUCUCCAGCGUGGAAACCUGGAAACAGAAUAUUUAGUGAAGAGUUGGAACAACAGGCAAGAAAAUUUGCAGAGAUUGAUAAGUGGCAGAUGGAUUUUGAGGAGGUUUCGGUCUCUGGCAGUCAGAGCAGCCCUUUCCGGUGA